AUGCUCAAAAAUCCAGCCAAAGCGUAUCAAGAUACAUUCAUUGAUUCUCCUAAUGCAAAACAGUUGCCAAUGUCUGACGAACAAGUGGAGAGGUACAUCCAUGUCUUUUUCAGUAACUCGCCCAGAGCAAAUAGUGGAACAGCACCAACGUUCGAGUGGCUACAGUUUCUGGAAAUAUUCAAUGAACAGCAGAAUCAUUACAUCCUUACAGAACAGCAGAAAAAGGCAAUAAAACCUUAUUGUAUCCAGAAUCCAGACUUGGAGAUGACGCCAGAAGAGUUUGUCCGAUUACUAGCCAUUAUUCGACACGAAGCUACUGUGGAAGAGCGCAAACCAAGAGCCACCUCAAGCACACCUGCUACUAAAAGAUUGUUUGAUUCAAGGCCAAGAUCAUCCAGAUUGAUCUCAAGUAAAUCAGCUACUACUUAUUAUGAUGACAGAGCCAGCACAAAUCACCCCGAUGACAAUUUGAAUCAUAUGAGUGACCGAACAAGAGAAUCAGAUUUCAAUGACGAGAACAACAACAAUGACCACGAUAUCUCCCUAGUGAAGAGACUAAGAAAAGAAAAGAGUGUCGCUGCCAGACAAGCACGAGAAUAUGAAUCAAGAAUCGAGCACUUGAACAAGGAGCAUUCUGAACGCAUUAUGCAGGUUCAGACAAGAUUGGAGAAUAUGCAAAUUGAAGCCGAACAGCAAAAACAGUUACUGGCCGAUCAGAAAUUGAAAGAGAAGGAUAAAAUAGAGAAAAUCGUCGAGUUGAAAUCACAAAAUGCAGAAUACGAAAAGUUGCAUGCACUUGCUGUAAAAAAGUUACAAAAGAAGACGGAAGAGUUGGAGUUGCUCAAGGAGGAAUUGCACAGCUUACAAGAGGCACACAACAUGACACUCUCCCAGUUGGAAUUGACCGAAAUUCAGGCCAAGGAAAUGCUUCGGGUGCAUGAAAAGGAAAAGGCCGAUUUUCACAUGAAAUUGGAUCAGGAAAAAAGACAAACAUUAGAUGCAAGACAUGCACUGGAGGCUCAGCAAAACGAAAAUGUGAAGCUCAUGGAAUUGAUCGAUAAACAAAAGUUUGAUUUGGAUGAAGCCAGAAGUGGCUUGAGAUACUAUUCGAAUUCUUCCCCUCCAUCAUUGGACAAGAAAACAUCUGCUGCCACUGCUACAUCAAGCCCUGAUAUCAAUGAGACGGAACAUAGCUUUGCUCACGAGAAGAUUGAGGCUAAAUACUUGAAGAAAAUAGAAUUGAUACAGCAAGAACGUGAUGAAUUUGAACAGCAACUGGUAACAGUUCGUGAUAAAUUGAAAGAAGAACAAACUGCUGCUGCCUUGAUCCAAGAAGCACAGACAAAGAAAAUACAGGACCUCUCGACUGGAUUUGAUCAACAACUAGGCCUCAUUGAUUCCAUUAGGCAAAGCAUCAAUACCAACCAGCCUGGCCAAGCAAACAAAUUAUACGUUGGAUUGACCGUCAUCCCUUGGGUGUUCCUGUUCUAUCAUCUGCUGCUCAUCAUGUUUUACUAUGCGAUUGAAUUAACACAAUCGCAGGCCCCACAAGUUUACCCACUUUCUCUUUCAAGAUUUUUAGAUGAAAUGUUUUUUAAGUACAUGCAGAGCAAUUCUUGA